AUGCAAAAUUUACAAGGAGUUGAAUUCAAUAAGUUCAUCUUACAAAACUUGGCCAAAUAUAUGCCUGGAGAUUUGGUUAAUAAUGUGCCACAACGUAGGGCAUCCAACAUCAGUACACUGUCUAACUUGAUUUGGAAUGUCCGUAAGCCGGAGCUGGUGAGCAAGCUCUGGCCUAUGACCGUGCUAAUAGGCGUGUGUGAAGUCGUUAUUGGUCUGUGUCUUUUAGUAUAUAUUUGUCUCUUCAUCCACGACUAUGAUAUCUUAUACGAUACUGAAGACUCCAAAUUAAUAAGUUAUUUAUCAGUUUUCGGUUGUGCUUAUCUCAUGCUCACUGGACUUAUGUUGUUGUUUGCUCUUAUGUUAGAGAAUCAAGAAUCAAUACGUAUUCACAUAUUUAUGGCGGUAUUUAUGUGCGUUUACAUGUUUGUGCUGGCAUGUGUUAAGAUACAUUUGUCACUUCUCGUCAUUGAACGUGAUGCGGAAAAACUAAUUGACCAAGCUACAAAACAUAAUGUACUUUUGAGCCUAGGAUGUGUUAUUGGUGUAGCUACUUUGUUGGGAUCAGUGGUGUAUUUUAUUGCUACGGUGGCUGUGUUUACAUAUUACAAUCUAAAAUACGUUCAACCGAAUUAA